AUGUCGACUUCCACUCCCGAUAGAGCGAGGGGCCGCAGCGGCUCUCUGCACUCGUCUGCCAGGAAGAGCAAAGCUGGGCCAGCACCCAUGAAUAUCAAUAAACGGCACCAAGAUAAUCGCUCUCUAGAUACUGCCAACUCGUUGGCAGUGGGGGACAGAACAUACGACACCUCCAGACCUCGUGCAAAUUCGAUUUCGAAUUCAACAGCACAGUCCUAUGGGAGAACCCCGAACCGAUCCUUCUACCACCGUUCCUUUCACGGUCAGCUCGACCCUGCACAAUACUCCUCCGAAGGUCUGAGAGAGCAGACUGCAGAAAUAGCCAGUCUGGCCUACUCGGACAAUACUGAGCACUCCCCCACACGCUCCGAGGAUGGACAAGAAUAUCCUCCUGUGAUUGAAGAAGUGUCGGAGCCAGUGACACCUGCAGAAUCAGCACACGAGAGAUCGGGUGAGGCUUUAUUAGCCUUAAUACCGGAUCUACCAUCGCCAGUAAUAGAAGCAAGACGACGCACGCCGCCGUUUGAGCACUCGAGUCUCGAUAUGUAUGAGGGCCAGGAACACGAUGUGGACGAGAGGACUGCGCUACUCAAAGACAACAAAAGCCCUACUGCCUUUGAUGGUGCCAAUGAAACAGAACGUCAGAAACCGGACAACAAAAGUACACUACAUUUAUGGUACGGAGCUGCAUCCGCAAACAUCAAGUCAGGAUGCUACACACUGUCACAUCCCAAGACGUGGAGUGGCAGAGCUGUCCUCGGGUCUGUUGUCGUGCGUCCAGCAAAACUUCUACCAGCUGUGUUCUUGGGACUACUGCUUAACAUACUGGAUGCGCUGUCUUAUGGCAUGAUUCUCUUCCCACUAGGCCAUCAACUGUUCGACGACCUUGGUUCGGAUGGCAUAGCUAUCUUCUAUGUCAGCACGAUCAUCGCUCAAUUGGUGUACUCGUGUGGUGGUUCAGUCUUUCGAGGUGGCAUUGGUUCUGAAAUGAUCGAAGUGGUCCCUUUCUUUCACAAAAUGGCCUUCCUCAUCCUCGAAAAAGUCGGCGAAGAUGAUUCGAAGUCAGUCCUUGCUACUACUGUCCUCUCUUUCGCCAUCAGUUCGGUCCUCACUGGAGCUGUCUUCUUUUUGAUGGGCGCUUGCAGGCUUGGGUCGUUGAUAGGCUUCUUUCCACGGCACAUACUGAUUGGUUGUAUUGGAGGAGUUGGCUGGUUCCUGGUCGCAACUGGUGUUGAAGUUUCUGCAAGAUUACCCGGCAACCUGGAGUAUAACAUACCCACUUUGAAACAGCUUUUUCGAGCAGACACAUUUAUGCUUUGGCUCAUUCCUUUAGCCCUAGCUAUCGUUCUCAUGAUUACUCAACGCUUCGUUAAGUCAAACUUUCUUGUUGGUGGCUACUUCGUUUCAGUCGCUGCAAUUUUUUACUUCUUCAAGUUUGCUCUAGGUAUACAAAUGGAUACCUUACAUUCGAAUGGAUGGAUCUUCGAUAGCCCUCCAGCAGGUAAUCCAUGGUACCACUUCUGGACACUCUACGAUCUCAAAGCUGUCCAUUGGGGUGCCCUUGCCGACACUAUCCCUACGAUGUUUGCACUUACUUUCUUUGGCAUACUUCACGUGCCGAUUAACGUCCCAGCUCUUGGUAUUUCCACGGGCGAGGACAAUUUGAAUGUCGAUCGAGAGCUGAUAGCCCACGGAGUCUCAAAUACUCUCAGUGGUCUUUGCGGUUCGGUUCAAAAUUAUCUAGUAUACACCAACAGUCUGCUUUUCAUCGACUGCGGAGGCAAUGACCGACUUGCGGGAAUAUUGUUAGCCGCCGGGACAUUUGGAAUUCUGCUGGCUGGACCUGUGAUCAUUGGUUACAUCCCCAUCAUGGUCGUUGGCGCACUUAUUUUCCUGCUUGGCAUCGAGCUUCUGGAAGAGGCAGUCGUCGAUACCUUUGGGAAAGUCCAUAAACUCGAAUAUGCUACUAUCUGGAUAAUUGUGAUUACGAUGGGUAUCUGGGAUUUUGUUGCCGGUAUUCUGGUUGGGAUUGUGCUGGCAGCCCUGAACUUUGUUGUUCAAACCAGCCAACGUACUGCUAUUCGCGCCGAGUAUUCUGGCGAAAUCGCUCAAUCGACAGUGAGAAGGCCACCUGUACAGCGGAAGUUUCUGCACGAAGCUGGCCAGCAAUUAUUCGUGAUCAAACUGGCUGGCUUUUUGUUCUUCGGUACGAUUGUGGGAGUCGAGAACCGUAUCAGAGCUUUGCUUGCUGACGACGCUUUUCGUGCAUCACCACUACGUUUUGUUGUCCUGGAUAUGUCAAGCAUUAAUGGGAUUGAUUUCUCUGCAGCCGAGGCUUUUACUCGAAUCAAUCGGCUACUGAGUAAGCGUGGUGUACAGCUUUUGAUCAGCGGUCUCGAGCUCGACGGUGAGAUCGGCAUGGCUCUGCGGAAUGUGGGCCUCUUCAGUGAAGAUUCAGGUGUCAGCGUAUACGAAACACUAAACCAGUCGCUGCAGGACUGCGAGAACAAAUUGCUGAAAGCUCUUUACGAGCAGCAGAAGCAAAGAGCAGUACGCUCUUCACGCACUACUUCUCACCUCGAUAUUCCUGCUUCGAGGACGAAUGUGGACUUUUCAGCCUCGUACCGCCAGGAAUUUCUGGUCAGCUCUCCUCGCCAGAAUCAGUUGCAUGAAGCAGCGACUGCCACACUGGAGGAGGACCACUCUUCCCUGCAGAAAUGGUCAGCAUACAAGGCGCCUUUGCCGCUGCUCAUGCAGAUAUUCGGAGACGUUUCGGACAAGAACGAGGACUUUUGGCACAAAGCUGUACCAUACUUCGAAAAGGUCACAUAUCCUCGUAACUCGGUACUGUUCAAUGCUGGAGACAAACCUUCGGGCUUCUACCUUCUAGAAGAGGGUCUACUGCGUGCGGACUAUGAUUUGCCGCAAGGCAGAUUUUCUGAAUUGAUUGUGGAGAAACGUCCGUGCGGUGAGCUACCGUUCUUCUCGGAUACACCCCGGACAGCAAGGCUCAUAGCCGAGACGCAUUGCGUGAUAUGGCAACUUACAGAUCGAAAAUGGCAUGAGCUGCAAAAGGCACAUCCGGACAUUGCGCAAGAACUAUUGAAGAUCAGUUUGAAGCUGACCAAGGAGAGGAUGGACACGAUCACGGCAUAUGUUAUGACUGCUGCUGGGUAG